CUAAUAACUUUAAUCAGAUGACGAAGGGUCUUUGCCAGACUGUUUUUGUACAGGUUGGUACGAGUUGGUUCAUACUUCACUAAUAUGAGCACUUAUUUCCAAAUUGUUCGAAUCGUUCCCCCUUAGGAUACAUUUGUCAUCCGUAUAUACGGAUAGCAACGAUUUCCUAUAUAUAUAUAGGAAACGCAUUGCGAAUUUUCCAUUGAACUUGUUCAGUCAGCCAUUUUUAUGCAGAAGUAAUACUUCAGUGUUGGACUAGUGGGAUACCUAUUGCUACCGUUUAUGUGUACUUUUAUGAAGUAUGGCAACCCUAACUGUUGUGCGUUUGUACACAGUGCUAUGCUAAAGUUUCAUUUCCACCACUACUCUAUCCUCCUGAUUGUAGGUUUCACCGUUAGUUUUGGAACUUGCAUCCAUUGUACACUUAAUUAGUAAUUCUUUGGAAAAUUUUUGGGGAAUUCAAAAAUUUAUUUACUUUUAAUUUACCUAUUCAUCUAUUUAAUUAAUUGUUUUAACCAUUGGGAUAUUUGCAGUUUGUGACGUUUCAUCAAUAUAUAUAUAUAGUUUUAUCCUUGGUGUUGACAUCUUUCUUUUUUUCUCGGAAUGUGGGUAUAUCCUCUCAUGGCUCUAUAAGAAAGAAUGUGCAUGAAAAAAGUAACUGGACUUGGAAAUAUACUUAUUUUCGCAGCAUCGUUUCUCUCAAGCAUCGAAAUAAUCAUAUACCCUCCGUCAUAUGAUUGGAGCUACGUUAAUGGGAAACAGCUAUCCGGAAAACUUUAGAUAGAUAGUGUAUACCGCCUAACGUGGCUCACUACCAAAACUAACAAUGAAAAUGCAAAGUAAAGUAUGCAGCGACUCGCAUAGCAAUCAUCCGACAAUUGAUAAAUGUCUCUCACGCCAACAUUAUUUUCCAGCUCUAAAUUUGAGUGCAGCAAACAAGCAUUGAGAAAAUCUGAAAGACUACCCCCACUCAGUGUUCAGAGGAAAUAAUUUAUCCCCUUAACUCGAAAAGUCUGUACUGGCAUAAGAAAGAACAGUGCAUCUACUUGAAUUUAAUAAGCAAAUUCCAUGAUUAAAUACCAACGCUUGGAGAAUAAACAGCUUCCAUUUACGUGCUGAGGUAUUUUUUCGUAACCCGUGGAUUGGUCUUGGAGCCUAAGGUGUAUAAUGACAGUUCCGCAAGCUAGUAGUUCAAAGACAUCAGGACGGAAGAAAACGAACUUCAAAAAUAUCAAACAAGUUUUAAAUGCAGAGUCACAGAUCAAAUACCCGCCGGAUGCUGUUCUUUACAAUCAUAUAAGUGCACCGCCAAGUAUUCGCCCGCCAAUGAAAGUGUCUGAUCUAAGUGGAGUACCAACUAAUUAUACAGAUCCGCAAACUAAUCUUAAUUAUGCCACUUGUUCCGAAUUCCGAAGACUAAGAUGUCUACCACAGCACAUCGUAAAUGGCUACUUGGCUUUGAAGGGUGUCUCACAUAACUGA